GCUUUACUCUGGGGUCUGCAUUGACCGCAGAGAAGACACAGCGUAGACAAACAGGCAAGGCCAAACGCUAACUCAAAAAAGAUCCUUUAUUUAACGCAGUGUUUUUAGUGCAUGCUCUUGUUUGGCGAAAGAGAAGGUUUUAAGUUCAGAAUAUUAAAAGGGACCCCGAGGACAAAGCAGGAUCUCGGAAAAUAAGAUCACAUCCCCAAAGAACUAAAAGGACAACCGAGACAAACUUGCAUACUCCCACGACUCUGCCCGAAUCCCGGGCUUGCGCGCGCGGCUGUAGCGCGACAGGGGCGGGGCCACGGCCACAAAGCAGCCCCCGAGACCACGUGGCCUCCGAGCAGCUCAGAGCGCCCUUGAAAGUUCUUGGAUCUGCCGAGUUAUGGCCGGUCCCUUGCAGGCCGGUGGGGCCCGGGCCAUGGACCUACUCCGGGGCCUGCCGCGUGUGAGCCUGGCCAACUUAAAGCCGAAUCCCGGCUCCAAGAAACCGGAGAGAAGACCAAGAGGUCGGAGAAGAGGUAGAAAAUGUGGCAGAGGCCAUAAAGGAGAAAGGCAAAGAGGAACCCGGCCCCGCCUGGGCUUUGAGGGAGGCCAGACUCCAUUUUACAUCCGAAUCCCAAAAUACGGGUUUAAUGAAGGACAUAGUUUCAGACGCCAGUAUAAGCCUUUGAGUCUCAAUAGACUGCAGUAUCUUAUUGAUUUGGGUCGUGUUGAUCCUAGUCAACCUAUUGACUUAACCCAGCUUGUCAAUGGGAGAGGUGUGACUAUCCAGCCACUUAAAAGGGAUUAUGGUGUCCAGCUGGUCGAGGAGGGUGCUGACACCUUUACGGCAAAAGUUAAUAUUGAAGUACAGUUGGCUUCAGAACUAGCUAUUGCUGCCAUUGAAAAAAAUGGUGGUGUUGUUACUACAGCCUUCUAUGAUCCAAGAAGUCUGGACAUUGUAUGCAAACCUGUUCCAUUCUUUCUUCGUGGACAACCCAUUCCAAAAAGAAUGCUUCCACCAGAAGAACUGGUACCAUAUUACACGGAUGCAAAGAACCGUGGGUACCUGGCAGAUCCUGCCAAAUUUCCUGAAGCACGACUUGAACUCGCCAGGAAGUACGGUUAUAUCUUACCUGAUAUCACUAAAGAUGAACUCUUCAAAAUGCUCUGUACUAGGAAGGAUCCAAGGCAGAUUUUCUUUGGUCUUGCUCCAGGAUGGGUGGUGAAUAUGGCCGAUAAGAAAAUCCUAAAACCUACAGAUGAAAAUCUCCUUAAGUAUUAUACCUCAUAAAUUCCCGUCCAAGAAAGCAGAGUUGUUAAAGAGUACUAGAAUAGGGGCUGAAGGAUCUAUAUUCCCUCAUUGCAUUUUCCUUAUGUAUAAUUUUCCAGAUGGUGAUGUUACUUUUCAGUGUACUCAUAUGUCUCAUUUUCAUCUAAAAUUAAAUGGCAGGAAACAAGGACUGCAUAGAGAAACUGAGUCUGUGUGGGUUCUGUCUCAAAGAUACAAACUCCCUGAUAGUCUAUGGAAGGAAAAUGACAACUAUUUUCGAAUAUUUCUAGUUUGGUUUUUUCAAUGAUCUUUUCAUCCAGGCCUUGUUACUGUUACAGAUCAGAAUGCACAAGUGGAAUGGGAUUGACCUGUAGGCCUGCUCUGCCAAGAUGAGAGCAGAUGGAAUGAGUUGGUGACCCCUCUUAAUCUGUAGCCUCAGGGAAACACGGCUACCCAAUGUCAAGAUGGUAAACCCUCAACUCGAAGAGUAAGAUCAGGACGUAUGCUUAAGGUGUAAGGCUGAGGAGUAGCUGGUAGGCAGUAUGUUUGCCAGUGACACUGAAGGUGAGAGAAACAAAAAUUACAAGUGAAUUUAUUUUCUCAAUUCUGUGGUAAAAGUGUUAUGGGCAGGCCUUUGUUCUUAGAGCUCCCAAGGGAGCAGUUAGUAUGAUUAUUUAGCUUCUGAAAGAUACUUUAUAUCCAAAUCAUAUGAAGGUUUAAUUUACAUUGAGCAAUUAAAGAUUGACCUUGAAUAAUUCAUAAUUCUUCCACAGUAUAAAUAAAAUGAUUCCUGGCUAGUUAUUUUCUUAAAAAUAAAAAAAUUUGAAAACCUCAA